UGGCAAGUUGUUUGUUACAGCGAACACCAGCUGCUGCUGCGCCGGGCGCCGCGCUCCGCCGGGCGCUGUUUGCUUGUCCACCCCGUAGCUCGCUGUACCCCGCAGGUCCUCCCCAGGCCUCCUUUUUUUGCAACUUGCCAAGCUUCCUUUUUUCUGGAUCGAGUACAAAUCAGUCCAGCACCGAGCACCGGGCCCCCUUCCCUGGGCCGGUUGCCCCAAGGCUUGGGGCGCGCAGGGGGCGGGGGCCGCUGCUCGUCCCCGUCCCCCCCCCUCCCCGCAACUCGGGCCACCGCGGAUGAUCCGCUGUGGAGGAGCCCUGGGCAGACGAUGGAACUGCACAUUCUGGAACACCGGCUGCAAGUUGCCAGCGUCGCCAAGGAGAGUAUCCCGCUCUUCACCUACGGCCUCAUCAAACUUGCCUUCCUGUCUUCCAAGACCAGGUGCAAGUUUUUCAGUCUGACAGAGACCCCCGAGGACUACACCAUCAUCGUGGAUGAGGAAGGUUUCCUUGAGCUGCCCUCUUCCGAGCACCUGAGCGUGGCUGAUGCCACCUGGCUGGCCCUGAAUGUAGUGUCUGGCGGCGGCAGCUUCUCCAGCUCCCAGCCCAUCGGUGUGACAAAGAUCGCCAAGUCUGUCAUUGCCCCGCUGGCUGACCAGAACAUCUCUGUGUUUAUGUUGUCCACCUAUCAGACUGACUUCAUCCUGGUGCGCGAGCGUGACCUGCCCUUCGUCACUCACACCUUGUCCUCGGAGUUCACCAUUCUUCGGGUUGUCAAUGGAGAAACGGUAGCAGCCGAGAAUCUCAGUAUCACCAAUGGCUUUGUGAAGCCCAAGAUGGUCAAGAGGCCAGUCAUCCACCCGUUAUCCAGCCCAAGCAACAGGUUCUGUGUCACCAGCCUGGACCCCGACACACUGCCUGCCGUCGCCACGCUUCUCAUGGAUGUGAUGUUCUACUCCAAUGGAGUGAAGGACCCCAUGGCUGCCAGUGACGACUGUGGCCACAUCCGCUUCUUCUCCUUCUCCCUCAUUGAGGGCUACAUCUCACUGGUGAUGGAUGUACAAACCCAGCAGAGGUUCCCAAGCCAUUUGCUGUUCACGAGUGCAUCUGGAGAGCUCUGGAAGAUGGUGCGGAUAGGAGGACAGCCCCUUGGAUUUGACGAAUGUGGAAUUGUAGCCCAGAUCUCUGAGCCCUUGGCAGCUGCAGACAUCCCGGCAUACUACAUCAGUACUUUCAAGUUCGACCACGCACUGGUUCCAGAAGAGAAUAUCAGUGGGGUUAUUCAUGCCCUGAAGGUCAGUCAAGGAGGGAAGCAUUAGGAAAGGUUCAUCUCUGGGCUGCUCCUAGCUGCAGUCCACUUGGCCCUUUCCCCCACGAAGGUUAUUCUUGCAGUAUUUCCCUACGGACUGAAAGAUCGGCCCUGGGACCCUACGGAAAGGGCAUCUGGGACACACCCCCGGUUCCUGACUCCUCCAGGCCUGGACCCAAACCAAGGCCACCCCCACAUCCACCUCCAGCCUUCCAGAAUCCCCCGCCUUUUCAAUAAUGACUCGGUUUCCCACCAGUGGGGGCAUGCCCAUCUUCCUGCCCCAAGUUCCACCCCAGAAUGUGGUCUCUGAGGCCCAGGGGCCUUGGAGAGAGCCCAAGGCCUCACAUACACCCCCCAGCAAACACCAAAGGACGCUGGCACCGCCCACAAGACGUUGGGAUUGGGGUCCUGAUGCAGCAAGGGACAUCUUAGGAAGUCGGUGCCGCAAGAGUGGGUGUACAGAGCUGAGGAAGCCCCCGUGAGGAACCCCUCAGGAUGAAUGGUACGGUUGCUGCUCUAAUCUCAGAGGCUCAGGGGCUGGUUCCCUCAGGACGGAGGCCAGCAGGCCACCCUCAGGUCAUAAUGGUCAGUGACCCUAGACCCCACCUGCUGACCACACGGGGCCUGUGUCGAUUCCUACUACGACUGCCAAGAGGGGUCCUGGGUCAACCAAGACCUCCCCUGGAGGAGGACAGAAUCCCAGGACCCCUCCUUUCCCACCAGCCUAGAGCACCAGCUUCUACCUGUCCUCUGUUCGCUCUCCCUGGACCCAACCUGGGCAAGCAAAGACUCCGUUCGCUCCCAGCAGUGGACCAUCCCCACCAGCCCAGGCCUAGAGUGCCUUGGGCCAUGUCCACCUUCCCAGCUGUCACUUAGACCAGCCUAGAGUUUCCCUCUUCAUCCUCUCUACCCCACCCGGAGGGGACAAAGAGGCCUUGGCCCCCAGCUCACAUACCUGCCCGAAGUAACCCAGCAGUCUGUGACUGUGGCGAAAGCUGGGAGGUAGCUACCAUGCGCAUUUAGGGAAAAAAGUCACACUUGGGGUUUUUUAUUCGGUUGUUUGCAUACAGGUGGCUGGGGAAGGAGUGGUUUUGUUUGAAGGACAUGGGGCCUGCUUGAGUCUUACAAGAGUGCCCAGCGUUCAGCGGCACCUAGCAGCACCCUGUUUCUCCCAGGGCAGAUGCAAAUGCAAGGAUGGAUCCUAAGAAUCUUGGCCUGUCUUCUGAGGAGAGUUAUCAGGAGCAGAAUUCUGGCAUAAGACACCAGGACCCCUAUAGUAUCCUCUGCAGGGCAAAAGUGCCUGCGAGUGGUACCAUAAGCUGGGACUAUGGGGUCCAACAAGGUCAGAGGAGGGAAUGUGUGUUUACCCCUGCACAGGUCUCGGUGUGGACUGCGUUCCUCCCUUCUCUGGGCUAUAGGAGCAGACCCAGGCGGAGGAUGUACUCUAGAACCCUGUAGAAGCUCAGAACCCAGCAUGCUAAUCAAAAUUACCUCUGGUGGGGUUUGUUUGACUUGUUUUGUUUUUUGAUUCCUUUUUCACAAAACAACCAAAUCUCGUCAUAUUGUUUUCUGUUCCCAAAAGGGAAAUGGCCAAGUAGACAGGGCCAUAGUGAGGCCCCUGAGUCCCCUUCUCUCUCCCUCCAAGGCCUUGAUUGUCCAGGGCGCACCUCUCUGUAAUCCCUUUGGUCCCACCUUCCAGGUAUCCCUUCCCACUGUGUAAGUGUGCUGACCCCAUGUCCCCCGCCCCAGAGUUGUGUGGCCCCUAAACUUGCUAGGAUGAAACUGUGUAUUGUACACACCUAUAAAUACGUGUUUUAUGUUCAUAGAGAUAUAUUCUGUAAAUAGCAUAUAUUACUUGAGCAAUAUAUAUGUUAAUAUAUUCUGUGUGCACAGGACACAGGCAAGGACCCCACCUCAUGUGUGCACACAUGGGGACAUUUUGAGCCACCAUAUAUUUUUAAUUUGAAUAUGUAGGCAAUACAGUGAUUGGAAAAGCCCUGGGGUCCAGGAAGCCAGCCUGGAGGGGAGACAGAAACCACCAGCCUACUGCAUCUGGGACAGGUUUAGAGGGCCAGCACGGUCCACUUUGUAGCUACUGCACCCCAUUCCCACAGCCUAGAGCUCUGGAUGCUCUUUCUUUAUUUGGGAGAACAUUGAUUGGUCCAGAAGGGGAAUUGGAUUUUUUUUUUUUAUUCUUUGCAUUUUUGACAGUGGCUCCCUCCCUCAGGGUUACUCCAAAAUCUUUUUGUCUGGUGAACCCCUUGUAGUCUAACCUCCCUCCCAGAGUCCCCUCUCUCUAGGAAGCUGUAGGCCUGGCAUCUUAGCUGAUUUCUUGUUGUUAUUUGUUUUCUUGAGGCAGGGUCUCUUUUUAUAUAGCCCUAGCUGUCCUGGAACUCCCUGUGUAGAUCAGGGUGGCCUUGAAUUUAUAGAAAGCUGCCUGCCUCUGCCUCCUGAGUGCUGGCAUUAAAGGCGUGCGCCACCACACCUAGGUGAUUUUUUUUUUCUUAACUCCUGCUAGUUUAGGAAUCUCAGGUUCUCUUCCCUGCUCUCUUCCUAGGGCUGACUCCACAGGCCUCAAAACACCACACAUCUUGCCAUCUGGUGAGGCGCUGGGGCCUGGGUUCUGCCUGCCAGCCUUCUAGAGACCCCCACUAUUUAGCUACAGUAGGUCCUUUCAAGGAAGCUGGGUCUCUGUGUUCUGUGGGUGGCACUGGCGUGACAGUGUCUACAGCUCUGGGGGAUGUGACAUUGAGCCCUCUCCUCUUGUGUCUUUAGUGCUGUUUGCCACUUCUUGGCAUCUCCUGGUUUUAUGGAUGUGGAGGUCACUCCACCCCCUGCUGGCCCAGCCUCAGAGGUGACCCAAGUGACAAUGCCAGUUGCAGCCAAGGUUCCCUAUGGGGAUUUUGUUUAUUUUUUCUGCAGCGCUGAGGAUUGUGGACAGGGCCUAGUACAUUGGAGACAAAUACUCUGCUGAGCCGCUCCCAGCUUCUAGCAGCAGGAGUCUCUUGGCCUGCGUGGGGGAAAGGAGAAUGGGCUGUUAAAAGUAUUGGGAAACACAGACAGAUCCCCUGGGCAGGGCUACCGGAUCGUAGGCUCCAGGAGUUUGUGUCUGCCUGGAAGACUAGAAAAGCUCGGAAGACACAGUGGGACAGUGCGCUUGCCCAGUGUGCAUGAAGCACUCAGGAGAUGGAAGCAGGCAGAUCACAAGUCAAGGCCAGCCUGGGCUAAGUGAGACCUUGUCUCAGAGAAAAAUGCCAAAUAUCACCUGUAUGUUUGACUACCCGUCCACGACAGGCUAAUGAAACCAUCCCGUGUCCCCAUUGACAAAGCCCCCUCCCUAACUUCGGCUCGGCCCCACAGCCCGCUUUCCAAGAAAUCUGCUUCUCCCCCAGACCCCAGCAGCAUUGCCAACUGUAUACUCCCUUCCUCCACAGGGUGUCUGAAGACACACAUGCACACACGCAUGCACGCAGUCCUGGCCCUGUGCUUCUUCAACCCUCCCUGGAGGAUCAGCAAUGACCUUGCCCCCACCAGCUGCAGACAACUGGUUCCUAGUGCGAUGGGCGGGUUCUAGGGACCUGGUUCAGUCUUCUGCCCGUCAGGCAGUGUCGUGAGGUGGUUCCCCUGUGGCAUGAUGGAAGGAACUGGAAGUCAGAAGCUAUCAUAGCAGGUGGGAAGGAGCUAGCACCUGUGCACAGCCAGCCAGACCCCUCGGUCUGGUAUACAAUUGUCAAAGAUCUGAGCCACCUGCUGCCAGCCCCUCCCCGCCCCAUUUCCCAGGCUGACCUUUAAAAGUCCCCAGCUACCCUUGGACCAUGCGCCAGAGCCCGAUUGGACUAUUGGACGUGAGGACAACACAGGCUCUUCUUGGCUAAGGCAAUGACAGAGGGAGUGGAAAGGAGGAAGUGUCUGUUUUGACUCUGAGUUUAAUGGGAUUACUGCAGUCCACCAUGGUGGCAAGGCAUGGCAGCAGGAGCGUGAGGCAGCUGGUCACGUGGCAUCACAGUCAGGAAGCAGAGAGAGAUGGACGCUGAUGCUCAGCUCGCUUUCUCCUUUCUAUUCAGGGUAGGUUUUCCCACCUCAGUUAAUCCAGACUCCCUGACAGACUUGAGCAGAGGUUUGUCUUGUAGGUGGUUCUAGAGCCUGUGGGCAUGACUAUUGAGCACCACAGGACACCCUUCUGAGUUCCUUCUGUGAGCAGUAGGGGAACCACAGGUGGGGUCAGCACUUGGCUUGGUGAGGGGAGCCUGGAUGAGGAAUAGAGAGGGCUCUCCAACAGGGAUGGGAUAUAGCUUUGAGGGGUUUGGGGUGUUUUUUUUUUUUUUGUUUUUUGUUUUGUUUUGUUUUGGUGUUUUGUUUUUUUAGAGACAGGGUUUCCCUGUGUAACAACCCUGGCUGUCCUGGAACUCUCUGUAGACCAGGCUGACCUCAAACUCCGAGAUUCAUCUGCCUCCAUCUCCUGAGUGCUCAGUUUAAAAGUCUGCGACACCACCCCCUGGCUUAGCUAGCUUUGAGUUUGCAAGUGAUGGUUAUUGUGCUGAGGGUCAGAGUGUAGCUUGGAAGGGUGGCAUCCAUUUUGACAUCCAGGAGGGAAGCGAGGCCAAGAUGGCUGACAGCCGAUCAGCCUUGCUUUGCUGCAUGGGGCUGUUGUGGAGUAGAGCUAACUUAACAGACCUAACCUUUUCAUACAUCUCUGCUUUCUUGUCCAUUCCCCCAAUUUGAAGCAACAAAAGGACACAUUUAGCUGAUCCCAGGGUGACCUCCAGCCCCCCCCCAAGCUACUCAUCUGGGGGAAGGGGAGCUGAGGGCACCAGUAGAGGCCAAGACCACGGUGCUUGUGAGCAUCGAUUUGGUGGUGAUGGUUUGUGGCAUCUGGUAGAAGAGCAGGGAAUCUGGGAGAGUCAAAAGUGCAGGGUGGCUCCUUCCUGUGUGUCAGGAGGCGUUCUGUGUGGUUAUAUUUACGUGUGUGUGUGUGUGUAUGUGUGUGUACCUGUAUUAGGCAUGAGUGUGUGCACACAUGUGCAGAGCCUAUCUCAAAGCUGCGAGCUGUUUCAUGCAGUGUUUGGCCCUUCAGCCCAGCCCACUGCCACACAGAGUUAACCAGAUUGUGGGGGGGGGGGGGCGGAGAUGCGGACCCUGGCUCUGGGGGGUUGCCCUGAUAGGAUAGGCUCCUUCCCUUAUUGUCUACAUCCCCAGGAAAGACUGCCCUCAGAACCCAGGGGGUUCAUGCAGGCAGCCUGAGCUGGCCCAGGCCCACCCAUGUCACUCUUCAGAGGUUUCAAUUCUGAAGACAGUAUUCACAGGGAGAGAGGCUGGAGACAAGAGGGACCCCUCGCUUACCAGGAACUCAUCUUGGAAAGGGGUCCACAAAGCUAGAGGCCCCAGCAAUGGGCACAAUUCAGGUCUCCACGGGGCAGAGCCUAGCAUGGCUUCCCUUUCUACUGCCUCAGUUUACCUGUAUCACCACAGGAAGAGUGAGAGCAGGGUCAGCCCCCAGACAAUAGGGAGAGGAAUGCGCGACCAGAGCUCUCCCAGCCCUCCUCUUGUAUGCCAAAAUCAUUUCCGUUAUCCUGAGGCAGGGGAGCAGGUGUGGGUGCCCUGCCUGCAGCCCCAGCUGACCCUCACCUGGCAUGUUGUGCCCAGGUCACCAGCAACACUGGGCUUUCCUAGUCCAGCAGCUUGAGUGAGGGGAGGACUGGAGUCCGACUCUCUUCACCUCCAGGGCCUUCAUGCUUUCGUCUUGUCAAAGAAACAAAACCCUUGAGAGUUGUGUACUGUAUGAUGGAGAGAAAAAAAAGUACCUAAUGUUCACCCUAAAAAAAAAGACAGUAUAUUUUGUACUUUGUAAAGUGUUCAUUAAAUGAAGGGGAAAAAAGACGAUGUUGGCUGAUGGCUGUAUGAUUUUAUGUUGAUUUAUGCAGGAUCGUGUCUCAUUUCUUCCCUCUUUCCCAUUCUGUUUGGAGAACAUGGCUAGAGGAGCCAGGAUAACCCUCAGGUGUAACCCUGAGUCUCAAAAGCUGCCGGGAGCUUUGUAUCAGCUACCUGAUGCUGUGUAAUAAGUUGUCCUAAAACAGUGGCUUAAAAUGAUACAUCUCUGUAUCCUAGCACUCAGGGAGGCUCAGGCAGGAGGAUGGAGGGUUCCAGGCUAGCCUGAGCUACAUAGUAAAACCCUAUCUCAGUAAAAGGGGCUGGAGAGGUCACCCAGUGGUUAAGAGCACUGGUUGGUCAAUGCCCAGCACCCACACGGUGGCUCACAACCAUCUGUGACUCUGGUCCCACGGAAUCUGACAAGUUCUUCUGGCCUCUGCAUGGGUACCAGGUACCCAUGUAGUACACAGACAUACAUGUGAUAAAACAUC